UCCUAAUUAUUAGGGUUGCAGGACAAGCUUUGUUUUUUCCAGCUGCGUUGUUUGUUUGAAGAAACUUUUGCUGCCGAGCGAAGGCUGCCGCAUUAUGUUUUCGUUCAUAUCUUGAACUGCCUCGUGCAAAUAGAAUAUAAUACUAAACCACCUAUAAUGCUUAUGUAAUUUAGCUUAUGUUGAACGGGACAGGUAUUCAAAAUGAACAAGUGCCAUGAACUCCGAAUCCUUUGCAUUUUGUUACUGGUGGUUCUUAAUGUUUUCUGUAAUGACGUGAGCACAAAAGUGUCGAGUGGUGACUUCUUCAGAUCUAUUUGGCAAAACUCAAAGCAGCGAAGAAGCGUAAAAUCUGUAAGCGUGAGGACCGACGGACAAUUCCGGAUGGCACAGCCGGCUCAGACAGCUAAACCACCGUUUGAAUGUGGCGACCGAGUCUUGACGCUGUUUUUAAGUCCCGUAGAUGUUGGGAACAUCCGAAUUUAUGGACCGCUUGGUGAUCCGCUGUACUUGGGUCAGUUAGCGGCUUUUUGUGGCGUGUCCAUCAAGACUACACAAACCGAUGUCCGCCUGCAAUUUACCUACGAUAGCUGUUACGUUAAACAAGAGGUAGCUAAAUAUGUGGUGUUCCUGAGCUGGUAUGACACAGAUAUGACCCUUUCCUGUCCUGUGAUUGUGGCUCCUCCCACGGCUAUCUGUAAGAGAAAUGCAAUGGAAUUGACUGUUGUUGAUGAAGGGACAGCAGAUGAACUGUCUGUUGCAUUAAAUGGGGAAUGGGCUCCUCUGCUUUAUGUGGCUACACAGUGCUGGCACAAAGAACCAUCUAGUCAAGGACGGCUCACCUUCAAGGUUCCAUACACAAGCUGUGGCAUAAACUUGCGGGAUGGGAACUUCAUUCUUGACGUCAGAUCAAAAGACAAGAUGAUGUCACUGUUCUGUCCAAGUGAACCAAUUCCAGUGUCUCCGGUUAAGAGCACAAUGCUUCCCAUGACUGCACAGCCACCACAAAAGCAGCUUGUUGUCUACCAAAAGCCACCAACUUUUCUUCCUGCAGCAGCUGGCAGUGAAACUGUGAAGCCGGAGCAAGGAUUUGGGCAACAAGAAAAAACUGCAGUUAAACCUUCUAAAACGCCCUCACUACAAUCAAGUCACCGGAUGCCAAAUAAAUCCCCUCUUUCAUCACUUUUGCCUGGAUCCUUUAAUCUGGCAGUAAAUUUCCCAUUUUCAGUCCCGCUUCCAAAAUGGCAGGCGGCAAUGCCUCAUAAGCACCAUCAUAGUAAACCAGCAUUGUUGACCCCUGAUCCCACCCCUGGUCCAAUUCUUGAUCCCACCCCUUUUAUCACUGAUCCCACCCCUUUUAUCCCUGAUCCCACCCCUUUUAUCCCUGAUCCCUCCCCUUCUCCCAGCCCUGAUCCCACCCCAGCUCCUACUGCUUCAGACAGUAAAGUGCCAAAUCCUCAAUUAUACCCAAACAUGCAGUUUCCAUAUCAGUUUCAAAAACCUGAUUCAAGUCUUUCUCACAUUAAGCCUUAUAGUCAAGAGUAUCAACGCGUAGGUGCACUCUUCCCAGGUGCUGCACAAUACCAGCAAUUAGUCCCAGCCCAGAGUGCUAACUUACCUGCAGCUUAUCAGCAUAAAGUAAAUGAGGCUUUGUCAACUUUAAAACGGUAUCUUCCCCCUGGGUAUUAUCUAUGCUCUUAUGACAGACAAAAACCAGAGGUUCUGCCACAAAACCAACAAAUUCCAAUUCUUCAGCCUGCUCGACCCUUUCAGUAUCCAGAAUACGGGUAUGAGAGAACUGAUAUUGCUCCUGCAGCACCUCUGAUAAAACAAUAUUCAGAACCGCAGUUUGCAAGUCCUGUGGCUGAUACUGAAGAAUCACGUCCUGUACUGCAACCUUUACAACCCCAGCAAUAUUACGCUGCUUCUCGAUAUAUUCCCAUAAGUCCACAAUCUCAGGCGAGACCUUAUCAUCACCAUGGUUUUCAAGACGCUAAGCCCUACCAGCCACAAUACUACCAAACCCCUGAUCUCAGUCGGGGGGUUGGUAUGCAAGCUGCUGGCUCGUACGAUUCAAGUCGUUCACCGUACAGACACAGUCAUCAUUCCAAAUUUCCAUAUCCACAGUUAAAAUCUGAAGCAUCUGCAGGUGAUGUCUCUUCAGGACAGACAGUAUAUACUUGGCCAGAGACUGUGUUUCAACCACGGUCUUUAGGUUCUUCUAGUUUGCAGGAACCAGAUUUACCAGGCAGUGGUCCUUCUGAGUCCGCUUCUUCACAAGUUGCUCAGCUCCCUUACCAUCAGGGUCCCUCUCCCUUACAAGUAAGGUCUUUCGUAUCCAAGGAAGGAUCGCUUCAGCCCAGAAGAGCAUCGCUACUAAGGUCACGUUUCUACAGGCCUCCAGCUGCUGCUACUCGCAAAUAAAAUGUGAUUGACCCGAAUCUCCUUCGUUUUGGUUUGCGUGUAGUAUUUGUGAUUGUCCUAAAAAUAACAAUAUUUUGAUGUGAAAUCUUCAGGCUGAUAUUUUUCAGACCUUUUGAGAAGCUGUUCUAAAAAGGAUUGUACAAGUAAUUUUAUAAAUAAUGUGUGAUCUAAUAAAUGCCUUGUAAACUGUA